AUAUCGACAGUCAUUGGAAAUUUGAGUUACAAAGUUUUAAUGUAUUAUAAGUGUAAGCGUGAAAAAUGAAACUGAAUGUGCGAUAUCUAGCUUGCGCUAUAGGGAUGUGUACAGUUUUAAGCAUUUUGAUAAACAUGGAUUUAUUUGAACCGUUAUUUAACCGUACAAAUGGAUCUUUAUUUCUGGAUAAAGAAGUUUUCGCGAAGGAGCAUGCGCUAAUUUAUCCUACGAACCUGUCUCUAGAGAGUUCACAAAAUAUUGACAGUGGUGUUGACGAAACGUUCGCCAUUCCCAAAACUCUUAUGAAUAUCCAAGUGAACUUCAAUAAUACGAAAAAAAGGUUUAAACCCGAUGACCCGAAGAAGAUUGUUUUAAAUUUCAACGAGGAGCCUUGGACCUCGGUAGGUGAGGCGAACAUGUUGUUUAAUAGGUGUGAAUACAACAACUGCGAAAUGACAACCGACCGUUCCAACUUGAAGACUGCAUCUGCUAUAUUAUUCAAUUAUUGUCACUCUAACAUGGGCUUCCACCCACCAAUCACCAAAGAGGAACGGAGCCCAGACCAAGCGUGGAUCUUCCGGUGUCUGGAGACGCCAGUGCACUUCUCGUUUGACGAUUACAAGCAAGAGGCAUGGCUCGGAAUGCUUAACUGGUCAAUUUCUUACCGGCUUGACUCCGACAUUCCACAGACGUACGGCACUUUAGUCACCAGACGACAACCGCUAUACAAGGACUACCGCGCCAUCUUCCGAUCAAAGAACCGGACCGCCCUUUGGAUGGUGAGUAACUGUUACGUCCAAAGUCAAAGACUGGAGUACAUUAACGAACUGAAAUCGCAUGGGUUUGAAGUCGACGUGUACGGAGAAUGCGGCAAGGGAUUUCUUACCAAUGAACAGUUCUUAGAACUUCUGCCGCAGUAUAGGUAUUACCUUUCGUUCGAAAAUUCGCUAUGUAAUGAUUAUAUAACCGAGAAAUUCUUUCAAAGGUAUAAUCAUGACUGGAUAACCGUUGUCAGAGGGGGUGCUGAUUAUAAACGUCUGAUUCCAACAAAUACUUACGUUGACGCUGCGGACUUUCCACAAGCGAAACAAUUGGCAGAGUACUUGAAGACCCUCGCUAUCGACGAAGAACGAUACGUGAGCUUAUUAAAAGAAAAGGAUAAAUACGAGGGCAUCUUUCGCUUAACAGUUCAUCAUAUGUUUUGCAACAUGUGUAGGCGGCUUAACAAUUUGGACGACUACAGGAAGUCUUAUGUAAAUGUUAGGGACCACGUUGAAAAUGGCCAGUGCAGAAUGCCAAUUGACGUGAUCAAUCCACACAGCAAGAAUAUGUACCGGAAUUCCGAACGAACGUUCUAUAAAACAUAACAAAGGACAUAACUUGAUGGCAAAAAUUCAAAAUACCAUACUCUUAGCCAUGUUGUUGUGUUAUAAGUCGUCAGUCCAACCCCAAUACAAUACAGU